CCCAGCAACGGGAUGUUUUAAAUUCUUCCUGGGAGACUCUUUUUCAGGUAGGCUUGGACCUCUCUUGAGCAGCUAACACCGUCUAAUACGGACCAAGCCACUCACAAGGUCGCGGGGAGAAGUUGUACCAAAUAGACAGGAGCAACUUGCCGGAAGCUCAAACAGCAAUGCAAUGGCCCACGGGACUCUCUUCCAUUGCCAGGGCACCUGGGGAAGUUGCCCGUACUUACAUGACCCAGCUGGUGUAACCACCACCGUCGCUUCUGCGUACUGGAGAACUGGGAAACGGCACAAAGAGCACUUCAUCCCAUAGCACCCUGAAACUUUUGCAGCGAACUGGAGGUUCGUUUGCUCGUCCCUGAGCUGCAGCCAGGUUGGGGAGAAGCACCUGGCGCAUGGCGAGGCUGGGGGAGGUUUUGGGCCUCCUCUCCUUCCUCCCUGAGCCUCGGUGGCCGCCUCCGUGGCCGGGCCGGCAGAGCCCCCUGCUGUAGACCCAGCAGAUGUGGACCGUCAGGAGAUCCUGCCUGCUGCCCGCCCUUCACAGCAAAGCUGGUGGAAAUUCCGAGCUAGAAGCCUGCUGGAACAAACAGGCGAAGGCAAACGAUGCCUCUUCCCAGGGCAAUUAACGCUCGACUCCAAGCGGAGCUGUUACAGAUCCCACAGCAGAAGUUCUCUGUGAUGAGAGAAAGAUGUGAUCUCCGGGACCUGGAGAGGGAAUUUUGCUGGGAAGGCGCCUCCAGUGGGAAGGAUGGUGCGGCCACCUGAGCAAACACCCAGUCCAGCCAGCGUAAAAAGACUUCCGAAUGCCUGUGUGGAGGGAACAAAUAGCUGUGAAGCUACCAGGUUAGAGACAAGUCAUUCCUGUGAGCCGGCGUACUUAUAAACCAUGAAAAUGCAAGGUUUCUCUCCCACCUCCCCUGUUUCUCCCCCAGAUGUACGAGGGAGCCCUGAAAGCCAGGAGAUGUACGUUUUUAACUUGACAUCACUCACCGAGUCUGAAAACGUCUUGUCGGCUUCCGUGUAUUAUUAUAUUGGUGAUCUGCUGCACGCUAAGUGGAACUGUUCCCAGUCCAGAGGCUGUUCUUGUCAUGGGCACAGGAAACCUGAAAUUCAAAUACAUCUUUCAGUUUGGACUUUUCCUUCUGUUGGGAACGAGACCAGGAGCCUGGGACAUUUCCUAAUAAAUGUCUCCUCCGCUUACCAGGAUGUCCUUUCCUGGCAGUGGAAGGAUAUCACUCAGCUCCUGCAUGAAGCAAAACAAAACAAUGAACUGCUGAUCAGUGUCAAAAUGGAUCUGACCAGCCAUCACCCUUGGAAGAGGGCACCUUCUCGCUAUGAACCCUACAUUCUCAUUUAUGCCAACGAUUCUGCUAUUUCGGAGCCGGAGAGUGUUGUCUCUAGUUUGCAAGGGCACCGUCAUCCUCUGGCAAGGGUAUUUCCCAGGCCAGAAAACCACGGCAGGAGCAGCCUUGGGAAGCGGCGGCGAAAACGCUCCGCAAAUGUCCUGUUGCCGUUGCAGAACAAUGAGCUUCCAGGAGCCGAGUACCAGUACAAUGAGGAUGAGAGAUGGGAAGACAGAAAACCCUACAAAACCUUCCAGCCACGGUUAGCAGAGAGGGCAAAGAGUAAGAAAAAGCAGCGGAAGAAUCACCACCAGAAGAGCCAGACUCUCCAGUUCGACGAGCAGACGCUGAAGAAGGCGAGGAGGAAGCAGUGGAAUGAGCCGAGGUAUUGUGCCCGGCGCUAUCUCAAGGUGGAUUUUGCAGACAUUGGCUGGAGCGAGUGGAUUAUUUCCCCUAAAUCCUUCGACGCCUAUUACUGCUCGGGGGAGUGCCAGUUCCCAAUUCCAAAGGCCUUGAAGCCAUCCAACCACGCCACCAUCCAGAGCAUCGUGAGAGCCGUCGGCGUCGUCCCGGGCAUUCCCGAGCCCUGCUGCGUUCCUGACAAAAUGUCUUCUCUUAGUAUCUUAUUCUUCGAUGAAAACAAAAACGUGGUUCUUAAGGUGUACCCCAACAUGACAGUGGAAUCCUGCGCGUGCAGAUAACAUCUCAGGAGACCCUUUUGAAAUGCUGACGUGAUCACUUGCUAUCUGGGGGGAGCCGGGGAGGGGGUUUCAUCGUAUCUACUUUUCGUUUGCACUGCCAAUACAUUUCCUUCGGACAAAAAAGCAAAAAAUGUAAACAAAUCCAAACAAAGAGGGUGGAAAUGCAAUGGAUUCCGAAUAGCAGUUCCAAGGAAAGAGAAUGUGAACGUCAUUCGUCUCUGAAUUUGACCAAGACGUGAGUCUUGGCAGCCGGGACUGACUGUUUCUGUUGAAAUCAAGAGGUGAAAGAGGGAGUUUGCAGCAGACUCGUCAAGUUUUUUGAGACUGCCAGAAGGACGUACUGAUGUAUUUUUGUACAAGAUUUUGGAAGCAGCAGUAGCUGUUAAUUUUUGUCUCCGUUCUUAUGGUGACUGAUGGGGAGGGAGAUAAAUAUACUAUUCUUCAUUUUAAAGCUAAGCUUUCUGCCAUAGGUUAUGUGGAAUAGCGCAGCCAUGAGGAAACACAAAUCCUAAGAGCCUUAGGUAAUCCAACUUAGGCAUGUAUCUCCUUGGCAUGACGUGGCACCGACUGCACGCGUGUAUUCAUUUUCACUGACAUAUUCUUUGUAAUUCAGCUUUUUAGAUGUCCGUGCCCUCGAUCAGAAGAACACAGGACACAGUACUGCUGCGUGCGUAAUUGUGGUAUCUCGGAAGCAAAGACUUUUCUUUCAUGCCGCUACGGACAGUCAGCAGGCCAAGGGCGUGAAAGUAUCACACUGAAGCGGCUGAGUGAUUCGUUCACAGCACACGUUCCAGAACGUAGUUUCAGAUAUCUACAGUACGUCAUGGUAGUUGAUUCUUGACGUGAAAUUAUUCGGUGCGUAAUUCUUACCUGUAGGCCUUCAUUAUGAUUAUUUGAUCAAAACUGCCUCUGGUUGGUGAGUUUUGGUUGUUACAUUAAUCAGCUAGUAGAUUGUUUUUUCUUCUUAUCUCAGUUCGCUUCUACUCUGAAAAUUAAAUUUGUUGUGCUGUCAAUUUAAGAUUUCUUAAUAGCAGGUUUUGCACAAUAAAAACACAAAACGCUCUUUGAUUGACUUUAUCCACCAAAAAUUCAUUUGAGAAACAGCGAAGAGCAAAGAAAACUAAGGAAUCUCAGGCUCAGCUGCAAAAAGUAAACGCUCACAGGAGCGAGCGGUGUCUGGCACAAGCAGUGCCAGGAGUUGGGGCUCUUCGGAGGGAGGUGCAGAGGGAGCUGCGCCCUGGGCCGCCCCUUGGAUGGCAGCGGAGGCUCCACAUCAGGAUAGGGUGUUUGGCAGCCAGCCUUCCCAAAUUCGCACUCCGGAGCAGAGGCGCUAAUUAAACAUCCGUGUUUCCCAGCACAGCACCCUGGGGCGGCGGUGCUCCGAGUCGUGGUCUAGGACUGAAGCCAGGUCCAAGGCUAGAGGCGAUGCUUCCCAGCGCGGUGGUGAGACAGCCUGGGAGUCACCUUAAAAGCAUCCCCCGAAAAUGAGCAUGAAUACGUUCUGCUGGGUUUUCACUGGGAUUCAGCCAGGCUUUAUCAUGAACCAUACGGCGUAGAAUAGGUAAAAUCUUCCAAGCAAAACGGGAUCUGCCUCUUCCAGCUCUACGCUAAGAGUGUUCUCUUCAGUUAACCACAUACAAGUGGGACAUUUAUGCCCGUGACUUGUUUUGCAUUUGUAUCUGUAAAUUAAGCUUUUGACAUAAAGCCAUGUCUAGCAUCAGUAAUGUAUUAAUCACACAGGUAAUGCUUUCUGUAUAUAACUUUGUAUUAGUAGGGACCUCAACAUUACUUCCAACUCACGUUAUUAAUCACCAUUUUAAUCUCAGUUCAGCACAGGGGGCUUUUCCCCACCUGUUCUGUUUUUGGAAAUACUAUUAAUCGAUAAAUGGCUCAGCUUCCCAUCUAAUUACGUAGUAUCUGAUGCCCGCACGUUAUUUAUAUGGCUGGCUCAAACGAUGGGCAGGAGAAUGUCUCGAGCUACACAAGCUCUCUGUUCAGAGAGGCUCCUCUGGGAGUAAAGUCCCCAGAGAGGGGCAGACCGUGAGGGGGCGGCUGCACAAAGCUCCUGAAAAUCCCACUCUUGCAGACUGCGGAGGCAAUCUCACAGUAGUGUGCAAAAUAAAAUCCCUAUCCUGCAGUGCAGCACUUUGACCCUGCAGAAUCGCCCUCUGGGACCACCGAUGCCGUUCCCCUGAGCAGGGCCACCAGGCAGCCUCUGUUUUUCCCUUUCUCCUGGAAUCUCUGGGCAGCAGAGCGGCUUUCGCGAGGCACCGGCCAGCCCUGGGGUUUCCCGUCCCUGUGCUCUGCCGCAGGGCUGGCCCAAAAGCUUUGCAUCCUCAUCUCCAGGGGCAGGCUCCGCAGUGAGGAGAUUAACCAUUGAAAGGUUAAUCUUUCUACAGACAACGUCAAUUUAAAAACAAAAAAAAAAUAAAAUUACCCCCCGAAAAUAGAAGUUAUUUUGUAUAUGGAAAGAAACUUUUACAGAUGCUUUUAAUUUAUUUUAUAUCUGUGGCCAUCUUGUCCUUUUGAUGUGUUCCUCUUUAUGGCAGCGCUCUUUCAACACUACAAUUGUCUCUGUCGUUGCGAAGAUGAAACGCGAGGGCCGUAGCCAGGUUGGCGAGGACAGGUCGCAGCCACACUGUGAAGGGCACGUUUCACUACUGAUGUAUAAGCUUGCCUGAUUUGUACUUUGUUUUUCCCUUAAAUAAUGGGAAAGUUUCGCUAGAAACUCUGGAGAAGGUAUAAAAUAAAACCACUUUUUACACAAGA